AUGAAAUGGCCCAACAAUCAUUACCCGCUACCCCCUUGGCUCAUGUUCGAUCCCCCUUACUACGAACCCAAGACGCAGGAAGAAGCUCCGCUUGAUCUUUCCGUGAAAUCGGAGCAGCCAAAGGUGGAAAAGGAGCCGGGUGGAUACAGUUGCGCUACUUGCGGCCAGACUUUCGCCCUUCACGAUAGACUCGCUAAGCACAUCGCUUCCCGACACGCGGACAAAACUCCGGAAUCGGCGCGCGCUUAUGAGUGCGAGAUCUGCCGGCGGCGAUUCGCUCGCUCCGAUAUGCUGACGCGGCACGCCCGCCUGCACACCGGCAUCAAGCCAUACUCGUGCUCAGCGUGCGGGCAGGUGUUCUCGCGCUCUGAUCACUUAGCGACGCACCAGCGCACACACACCGGCGAGAAGCCGUACCGUUGCCCAGUCUGCCCGUACGCCGCUUGCCGGCGCGACAUGAUCACCCGCCACAUGCGGACACACUCGCGCCCGCACUGUCGCUCUCAGCCACGUCCUCAGCCCGCUGAAAUCUGAAAGCGCUUUCAACACCCUGCCAAGGGCAACACUCAACUAUACAAAUAGAGACCAAUCGUUCAUCGAUUCUACAGUGUUUGUUAUACAAAGUUAGAUGACGACGGACCGCGGAGAGGACACGG